AGCACCAUGAGCGGCCGAGUCGGAGACCUGAGCCCCAAGCAGGCAGAGACCCUGGCCAAGUUCCGAGAAAAUCUCCAGGACGUGUUGCCUGCCCUGCCCAACCCUGAUGACUAUUUCCUCCUGCGCUGGCUCCGAGCUCGGAAUUUUGACCUACAGAAAUCAGAGGCCAUGAUCCGCAAGUACAUGGAGUUCCGGAAGACCAUGGAUAUUGACCACAUCCUCAACUGGCAGCCCCCAGAGGUGAUCGAGAAAUACAUGCCUGGGGGCCUCUGUGGCUAUGACCGUGACGGCUGCCCCGUGUGGUACGACAUCAUCGGGCCUCUGGACCCCAAGGGCCUGCUCUUCUCCAUCACCAAGCAGGACCUGCUCAAGACCAAGAUGAGGGACUGCGAGCGCAUCCUGCAUGAGUGUGACCUGCAGACGGAGCGGCUGGGGAAGAAGAUUAAUACCAUUGUGAUGAUAUUUGACUGCGAGGGCCUGGGACUGAAGCACUUCUGGAAACCACUGGUGGAAGUAUACCAGGAGUUCUUUACCCUCCUUGAAGAGAAUUAUCCAGAGACCCUAAAGUUCAUGUUCAUUAUAAAAGCCACCAAACUCUUCCCUGUGGGCUACAACCUCAUGAAGCCUUUCCUAAGUGAAGACACUCGCAGAAAAAUUAUAGUGUUGGGAAACAACUGGAAAGAAGGUUUGCUGAAACACAUCAGUCCUGAGGAACUACCUGCCCAUUUUGGGGGGACCCUGACUGACCCAGAUGGGAACCCCAAAUGUUUAACUAAGAUCAACUAUGGUGGGGAGAUCCCCAAGUCCAUGUACGUGCGGGACCAGGUGAAGACUCAGUACGAGCACUCAGUGCAGAUCAACCGAGGCUCCUCACACCAAGUGGAGUACGAGAUCCUGUUCCCAGGCUGUGUCCUCAGGUGGCAGUUCUCAUCUGACGGUGCAGAUAUCGGCUUCGGAGUCUUCCUAAAGACCAAGAUGGGGGAGCGGCAGCGAGCAGGGGACAUGACAGAAGUUCUGCCCAGCCAGCGCUAUAAUGCCCACAUGGUGCCUGAGGAUGGGAGCCUCACUUGCUCGGAAGCUGGUGUCUAUGUCCUGCGCUUUGACAAUACCUAUAGCUUUGUCCAUACCAAGAAGAUCAGCUUCACAGUGGAGGUACUUCUUCCGGAUGAGGGCAUGCAGAAAUACGACAAGGAGCUCACCCCUAUCUAGGCCACUGCCUCACUUCUCAGAGACCCCUCACCCUCUGCUUUCUCUCUAUAUAGUCCACCCUCCCACCAGAAACUGAUCAUUAGUUCUCCCGAUUUGGACGUUAAUGAGCAGUAGAGAAGGAGCUGCUUUGGGGAAGACUCGUAUGCUGUGGUUAGAUCAGGAAAGGUAGAAGAGGCACAGCCUUGGAGGGAGCCAAUGUUGUAGAAGAGGAAGAAGCAAGUGUAAAAGCAAGAAGUAGAUAUCACUGAAACCUAAGAAACAGGAAAACAAAUCUACCCUCUGCCCUCACUUCUCUUGAGGCACUUAAAUUCCUUUCUUAAGAAUAUGAGGGCCCUGGCUGGUGUAGCUCAGUGGAUUGAGCAUUGGUCUGUGAACCAAAAGGUUGCCAGUUUGAUUCCCAGUCAGGGCACAUGCCUGGGUUACAGGCCAGGUCCCCAGUAGGGGACACAUGAAAGGCAACCACAUAUGGAUGUUUCUCUCCUUCCCAUUCC